AUGAUUUUGCAAUCGUUCUUCACCUCGUUCUACUUCUGCUUCCUGUUUGUGACUGCACUUUUCGCACACGCCAGUUCGCAUGAGAAGCCUUUCAGCUGCACCGGCUAUGCAAGAGACAAUGGUCCGGGGUUUGGUAUCAAUGAGCUGCACUCGUGGUCACUCGAAGGUAUGCGCAAUAUCCAGAUCAUCUAUCUCAGGCUUCCGGACUGCGCACCUUCUGGUCGUGGCUAUGUCGCAACCAGGGGAGCGUCACUCAGCAAGCUGUACUACAAGGAGAUCGACAGCAUCACUGCAACUGACGGCAAUGCGACAUACACACUGAGAGACAUAAAAGAACUCAUUGCAUUCAUAUCUACACGAAAGGAAGCCCAAAGUUAUCCACUAUACUCAAUCACCCAAGCCAAGUUCUCGGAUGCGCACUCAGCAUCGUCCGAUCAUGCAGACCAUAUCGUCUCUGCGAAACUGGUUCGAGGCAUUGUCACAGCAGAGAAGAUCAAAGCUACCGUGAAAUCGUCAGUUGGAUCACCUGCUGCCAGCAUGUUCUAUUCUGAUCACCAUGCAGGUACGCCGCCAGUAAUGUCCGGAGGUUCAAGGGCAAAUAUCGAACCCUUGCAUCACGAUUUCACAAAGAAAUCUGCUGCCCUAUUCAAGUAUGCCGAGUACGACGAUCACAUGUGCCAAAGCCUCAAACACUGCAAGGAAAAGCAUUUGGGGACAUCGAAUGACGAUGAUGCUCGCUAUGCUGCGCAAUAUGUAGGACGCGAGUACAACGUCUUAUAG